AGUCCUCAAAUCCCUCUCUCCUCCUCGUGCCUUCCUCUCCGUUUCUCCUCUGCAACUAACACCCAAAUCCACGUCAACGGCUACUAGAAUCCGUGGCUUCGCUUCCGUACGUUUUUAUUACUAUAACUUAACAAAAUAGUAGAACAAUUCCAGUUUUCUUUCAUUCAGAUUUGACGCAUUUUUUUCUUGAUAUUUUCCAAACCAGCUAGCUCCGGCAAGUGGGCCCCAUUUCUUCGAUGGAUUGCGCUGAUGGGAAGCGAGAAAGGUUCAGUCUUUGCGGCGGAAUUGUUAUGAAACAGAGCUGCAGUCGAGAUGGAGAAGAGGAAGAAGAAGAGGAACUGGAGCUGAGCUUGGGGCUGUCGAUGAAUGGGAGAUUCGGGGUGGACCCAAUGCGGAAGAGGCUGAAGCGCUCGUCUUCGAUUUCGAAUUUGGGGUUCGACGACGGGCGCGUGGAGGCGCCGCUGGCGAGGACGCGGUCGCUGCCGGCGGAGGUGGAGGAGGAGUGGCGGAGGCGGAAGGAGUUCCAGUCGAUGAGGCGGAUGGCGGCGAGGAAGAAGAGGAUGGAGAAGCUGAGGAAUGUGAGAGUGCAGCACAAGGAGAGUAGUAGUAAUAAUGGGUAUGAACUCUCAUCCUCGCAAGGCUCCAUUGGAUCACAGGGCUCUUCUGGGAUUUCCGAUCUUGAUUUUGAGGGAGGGACCCAAAAGGCCGACGUCCCACCCCCUACGAGCCGGCCAUCACAAGACCAGAGCGAGCAGGAACCCCCAACCCGGGCAGCGUCCAAUAGGGACGCCAAGCCACCGCCUCCUCCUCCUAGCAAGAACCCGAUGUGUGAAAUGCCUUACGUCUCCACCAAGGGAGACGGACCCAACGGCCACAAGAUAGAGGGAUUCUUGUACAGAUAUAAGAAAGGCGAGGAAGUUAGGAUAGUGUGCGUUUGCCAUGGCAUGUUCCUCACGCCGGCUGAAUUCAUCAAGCACGGUGGUGGGGGCAACGUCGAGCACCCCUUGAAGCACAUCGUAGUUAACCCUUUCCCUCUCUUGUAACGCGAAGGCUUAGUUCCGGCAUUGAGUGUUGUUUUCUUCCCUCUCUUGAUGAGUAGAGCUGAUGAAGAACGAUCAAUGCUUUGUAAUUCGAUGACAUUGUAUGCUACUCUUCUUCUUUCCAAAUUCCUCCCUUUUUAAUUUGUUUUGUAAGAAUUUUAUUUUCGGUUUUGAUUUUAAAUAUGUAUUUGAUUAUUUUUGUUGACUAA